AUGCAGAUUUUCGUCAAAACUCUUCCCGGGACAACCCUCACCCUCGACCUCAACUCCGAAACCACAGUUGACAAUGUCAAAUCCCUCAUCACUCUCCGUCAAGGUAUUCCUGAAUCCGAACAACGUCUCGUGUUCGGUGGUAAACAACUACAGGAUGGACGUACUUUGGGAGAAUAUGAUGUGCAGAAAGAGAGUACAUUGCACUUGAUGAUGAGUUUGGAUGGUGGUGCUAAGAAACGUAAGAAGAAGAAUUACGUGGACCACCCCGAAGAAAAUCAAGCACAAGCGGAAGAAGGUCAAGAUGGCCAUUUUGAAAUACUACAAGGUCGGAUCCGACGGAAAGAUUCAACGUUGCGUCGUGAAUGUCCCGCCCCAACCUGUGGUGCCGGAGUAUUCAUGGCCUGGCACAAAGACCGUCAAUCUUGUGGCAAGUGCGGACUCACUUACACUUUCGAACCCGGUACCAAGCCCACUGUUGCUUGA